CUUGUCUUUUAACAAUUUGAUAAUUCCUCCCCCCCCCCCAAAAAAAAAAUGAUUCUCUCUUCUUCUUCUUCUUCUUCUGCUACGGUAUUAUUCACAAUCUCAUCCUCUUCCUCUACUACUAAAACCAGGAGAUAUAUUGCUAAAACCCCACGAAGCCCUUUUCUUUUCAAACGCAACUACAACCCCGCUUCACUUCCAUUCCCUCCUUCCACAAGGAGUACAAAGUUUUGUAGAGUUCAAGCAACUGUAUUAAAGGAAAAUGAAGAUGAGAAAGUUGUUGUAGAGGAAUCAUUUAGACCCAGCACUCUCACUCAUGGCCCGGAGGCCUCACCACAACCUUCAUCCCCUACUGAAUUAGACAAGUGGGUUGUCAAGCUUGAACAAUCUGUCAAUAUCUUUCUCACUGAUUCGGUGGUAACGAUUCUUGAUGCAUUGUAUCAUGGCCGUGAUUAUGCUAGGUUCUAUGUUUUGGAAACUAUUGCUAGAGUUCCUUAUUUUGCCUUUAUAUCUGUUCUUCAUUUGUAUGAAAGUUUUGGGUGGUGGAGAAGAUCUGAUUAUAUCAAAGUGCAUUUUGCUGAGAGCUGGAAUGAAAUGCAUCACUUGCUUAUUAUGGAAGAAUUGGGUGGCAAUUCUUGGUGGUUUGACCGCUUUCUUGCUCAGCACAUGGCAUUUUUUUAUUACAUCAUGACAGUCUUAAUGUAUGCAUUAAGCCCAAGAAUGGCAUAUCACUUCUCUGAAUGUGUUGAGAACCACGCAUUUGAAACUUAUGACAAAUUUAUCAAGGCACAAGGAGAGGAUUUGAGAAAAAUGCCUGCACCUGAGGUUGCUGUAAAAUAUUACACUGAGGGUGAUUUGUACUUGUUUGAUGAAUUUCAAACUUCCAGAGCUCCCCAUUCUCGUAGGCCAAAAAUAGAGAAUUUGUAUGAUGUAUUUCUGAACAUCAGAGAUGAUGAGGCUGAACAUUGUAAGACCAUGGGGGCCUGCCAAACUCAUGGAAAUCUCCGCUCUCCACAUUCAUAUCCAGAGGAUGCUUUCGAAGAUGAUACUGGCAGUGAGCUUCGUCAAGCAGAUUGUGGAGGGGUUGCUGAUUGUUUAGAGAAAUCUGUAACAUCUCCUCCGUCAAAGCAAAAGCAAAAUAUUUGAGGAAAGGAGAACAAGGAAACAGUAUACACUUCAGGUGAUGAAUAGUGAGAAAUUGUAUACACAAACAUAACAAAGUUACAAAUUAUACAGGCCUUUAAGAGUUGUAUAUGAAAAUUCAAUACCCCUUGAAGUUGCGUUUUUAAAGUAGUUUCCUGGAUAACAGAGUUGCCCA